AUGGAGAAACACCUGGCUGUUAUGUACGAGAGACUGAGACAAGAGCUUCCCAACCUCUUCCUUCACUCCCACGACUACACUCUGUACUCAUUGGAUGUGGAAUUCAUCAAUGAAAUCCUGAACAUCCGCACCAGGGGCCGGACCUGGUACGUUCUGUCACUGACUCUCUGCCGAUUCCUGGCCUGGAACUACUUUGCCCAACUCCGGCUGGAGGUUCUCCAGCUGACCCGACACCCGGAGAAUUGGACCUUGCAGGCCCGGUGGCGGCUCAUAGGCCUCCCCAUCCAUAUGUUCUUCCUGCGUUUCUACAAGCGUGACAAAGUGGAGCUUUACCGGACCUACGAUGCCUAUUCCACCUUCUACCUGAAUUCUAAAGGCCUCAUCUGUCGACAUCACUUGGACAAACUGAUGCCCUCCCACUCGCCGACCUCACCUGUGAAGAAACUGCUGGUCGGAGCCCUGGUAGCCCUGGGGCUGUCGGAGCCAGAACCCUGCUUGCAGUUUUACUCCAAGGCCUAA